AUACAACAAAAGCUCCGCAACACUAUUGUCAACUGGUGUUUGUCCUUUUUGCCAGUGCAAUUGAUUUAUUUGAAGGUUUCCACGACUCAUAUAUAUCGUGGUGCCAUCUCGCUUUGACCAAGCCCGUUCUCACGGGCACACACCAAACACCCCUCAACAUACCAACAAACAAUCAACAUGCGGCUCGAUAUCAAGAGGCAACUCUUUGCUCGCUCCGAGCGAGUAAAGGGUAUCGACUUCCACCCGACAGAGCCAUGGAUUUUGACGACGUUGUAUAGUGGACACGUCUACAUCUGGUCGUACGAAACUCAGUCAAUUAUUAAAACAUUCGAACUCACCGAUGUUCCCGUCCGCGCCGGUCGUUUCAUUGCCCGAAAGAACUGGAUUGUGUGCGGCAGCGAUGAUUUCCAAUUGCGAGUUUACAACUAUAACACAUCCGAGAAAAUCACAUCAUUCGAAGCUCAUCCUGACUAUAUCCGAUCGAUCGUCGUUCAUCCUACCCAACCCUUCGUUCUCACAGCCUCGGAUGAUAUGACUAUUAAGCUAUGGGAUUGGGAUAAGGGCUGGAAAUGCGUGCAGGUCUUUGAGGGUCAUAGCCACUAUGUCAUGGGGCUUGCUAUCAACCCCAAGGAUACAAACACAUUUGCAUCUGCCUGUUUAGAUCGAACUGUCAAAAUCUGGAAUCUUGGCUCGGGACAUGCAAACUACACACUUGAAGCUCACGAAACCAAAGGUGUGAAUAGCGUGGAUUACUAUGGACAAGCAGAUAAGCCAUACCUUUUGACGACUUCCGACGACAAGACUGUUAAAGUGUGGGAUUACACUACCAAGGCAUUGAUCGCAACCCUAGAAGGACAUACGAGCAACGUUUCCUUUGCCUGCUACCACCCAGAACUCCCCGUUAUUAUUUCCGGAUCGGAAGAUGGCACAGUCAAAGUCUGGCACGCUAAUACAUAUAGAUUGGAGCAAUCGCUCAACUAUGGGCUUGAGCGGGCGUGGUGUGUCAGCUAUCAAAGGGGUCGCCAGGGUAUUGCGAUGGGUUUUGAUGAUGGCGCUGUCGUCGUUAAGAUGGGAAGAGAAGAGCCCGCUGUCUCCAUGGAUGGAUCUGGCAAAGUCAUUUAUUCACGACACACCGAAGUUGUUUCGACGAUUAUUAGAGGCGAGGACUUGAAGGACGGCGCACCUCUCGCUUUACCUACGAAGGAAUUGGGUUCGUGCGAAAUCUAUCCUCAAACCCUUGCUCACUCUCCAAACGGUCGUUUCGUCUCCGUGUGCGGUGAUGGUGAAUAUAUUAUCUAUACGGCUCUCGCAUGGCGUAAUAAGGCUUUCGGUCAGGCCUUAGACUUUGCUUGGGGCUCCAGGGACAACAGUAACGAUUAUGCCAUUCGCGAGUCUGCAACCAGUGUCAAGAUCUUCAAGAACUUCAAAGAACAGAAAGAAGGACUAGACGUUGGAUUCCAGGCCGAGGGUCUCUCUGGUGGUGUUCUCCUAGGUGUCAAGGGACAGGGUGGUAUUGGUUUGUUCGACUGGGAGACUGGCAACCUGGUCCGACGUAUUGAAGUUGAGCCACGUGAAGUCUACUGGUCCGAAUCUGGUGAGCUUGUUGCUCUUGCCUGCGAGGAUACUUGCUAUAUUCUCCGCUUUUCCAGGGAAAACUACGUCAAUGGGUUGAAUGCUGGAGAAGCUGACGAAGACGGUGUCGAGUCUGCCUUCGAGGUCGUCACUGACAUUAGCGAGACCGUCCGAACCGGUGAAUGGGUUGGCGAUUGUUUUAUUUACACAAACUCAACCAACCGAUUGAACUAUUUGGUCGGUGACCAGACAUAUACCAUCUCACACUUCGAUCAGCCGAUGUACAUCCUUGGCUACUUGCCUCGAGAUGGACGUAUCUACCUCGCCGAUAAGGAUGUUGAAGUGGUAUCCUUCGCACUUUCGCUGUCCGUGGUUGAGUAUCAAACCUUGGUCCUCCGAGGUGAUAUGGACUCUGCCGCUGAGCUACUCUCCGACAUCCCUCGCGAUCAAAUGAAUAAGAUCGCUCGCUUCUUGGAAGGUCAAGGAUUCAAGGAAUUAGCUCUUGAGGUCUCACCAGAUUCCGAACACCGCUUCGACCUUGCGCUUUCCCUCAACCGUCUCGACAUUGCCCUCGAACUCGCACGCGAAGCCGAUGUCGAGCACAAAUGGAAGACCGUGGGUGACGCAGCAUUAACCGCAUGGGACCUGAGCCUUGCGCAAGAAUGCUUCACUCACGCCAAGGACCUCGGCUCCCUCCUCCUUCUCUACACCUCCAGCCGCAACACAGACGGCCUCCGCUCACUCGCCGAACAAGCCUCCGUUGCUGGUCUACACAACGUCGCUUUCUCCGCCCUCUGGACUAUCGGCGACGUCGGCGCGUGCAUUGACCUCCUAGUCCAAACCAACCGUCUCGCCGAAGCAGUCCUAUUCGCACAGACUUACAAACCAUCCAAAGCCCCGAAACUGGUCCUCCAAUGGAAAGAAUCGCUCGAAAAAUCCGGUAAAUCCAAAGUCGCUCGUCUUAUCGGCGUUCCGCCCGGUGUUGAGGGGGUCGAGGCUGAUGAUGAUCUGUUCCCGGAAUGGGAUGAAUAUCUACGUCUUGAGAAAGAGGGGCCACCUGAACCACCAUCUUCAGAGUCUUUGAUUGAUAUUGAUGGUGAGAAUGGAGAGGCUGAGGCGGCUGUUAAUGGGGGAGCGGAGGUUGAGGUUGAAGCUGAAGCGUGAGAAUUAGAUUAAUAAACCUUCUUGUCUUUUUCUUCUUUUUUUGACUCUUUUAUUACGUUGAUUACUUGAAAAUAUCGUUCAUGGGAUGUAGGUAUGUGUGUUUUGCUAUCGUGAUUUGGCCCAAUUGAUUGCUUGUUUCCUCCC